AUGCAGGAGCUCAUUGCUGGGGUGGAGAAGCUCAUGUUUGAUGUAGAGCGGGAUGUGGAGCACCAGCGAGGGGCCCUGCUCCUGCCCUUCCCAGGCAUGGACAAGUCGGGGGCGUCCGUGUGUGAGUUCUUCCUCCAAGGACUGUGUGCAAAGGGCCUGAUGUGUCCUUUCCGGCACAUCAGCGGGGAGAAGACGGUGGUGUGUAAGCACUGGCUGCGGGGGCUGUGCAAGAGGGGAGACCUGUGCGAGUUCUUGCACGAGUACGACAUGACCAAGAUGCCAGAGUGUUAUUUCUACUCCAAGUUCGGCGAGUGCAGCAAUAGAGAGUGCCCCUUCCUGCACAUUGAUCCAGCGUCCAGAAUUAAAGACUGUCCUUGGUACGACAGAGGGUUCUGCAAACAGGGUCCGCUGUGUAAAUACAAACACACCAGGAGGGUGAUGUGUGUCAACUACUUAGCUGGCUUCUGCCCCCAAGGACCCAAAUGCAAAUUCAUGCACCCCAAGGCAGACCUGAUGCUGUGGAACUCGGAUCUCUCCCAGGGGCUGCCACCGCCAUCCCGGGCUGUUGAUGGCAAGAGUGUUCAUGAGCAGCAGGCCCCAGAAGUCCUGUUGCUUUCUCAUCAACCUGGGGCUAGGGCUGCCCAGUGCCAGAGGAAGAAGGCACAGGAGGCUGGUGGCUACCCCUAUGGACUGCUCCGGCCCCUUGGGCAGGUCACAUGCUUCAAGUGUGGAGAAAAGGGUCACUAUGCCAACAAAUGCAGCAAGAGUCGUCUGGGAAUCCAACUGGGGAAAUGA